GGGGCCGGGGCGGGCCCGGGGCGGGCCCGGGGUUGACUCGCCCCGGCCCCAUCACAUGAUCGCGGAGCGGGCGGCGGAGCGGCGGAGCCGGACGGGCCAUGGCGGUCGAGGGUGGGAUGAAAUGUGUGAAGUUCCUGGUUUUCGUCUUCAACUUCAUCUUCUGGGUAUGCGGCGUGGCCCUCAUCGCCAUCGGCAUCUACGCCCAAGUGGCCCUGGAUAAGGCGCUGGUGGUCAGCGCCGCCUCCGCCUCCAGCUCCCCCGUCGCCAUCCUGGUGCUGGGCGUCAUCAUCUUCUUCAUCUCCUUCUUCGGCUGCUGCGGCGCCUGGAAGGAGAGCUACUGCAUGGUCACCACGUUCGCCAUCCUGCUCAGCAUCAUCUUCUUGGUGGAGAUCGCCGCCGCCAUCGCCGGAUACGUCUUCAAGGACAAGGUGCGUUCGGUGCUGGAGGAGGGGCUGUGGGACGCGAUGCGCAAGUACGGGGAGGACCAGCCCUUGACAGAGGCGAUGGACGAGCUCCAGAGGGAUUUUGCUUGCUGCGGAGCUAACAACUACACAGACUGGGCCACCAUCGAGCGGUUCAGGGUCAACAACACGGUGCCGCGGUCCUGCUGCCGCGUCAACACCACCUCCUGCAACGUCCGCCCCAGCCCCGCCACUGUCUACGAGAAGGGCUGCCUCCAAAGCAUCGAAGCCUGGAUGAAGAAGAACAUCCUCAUCGUGGCCGCGGUCGCGCUGGGCAUCGCCUUCUUUGAGAUUUUGGGCAUCAUCUUCGCUUGUUGCCUGAUGAAGGGCAUCCGCAGCGGCUACGAGGUUAUGUAGCCCCCCCACGGGCACCGUGGCCCCCCCCCCAACUCUCGCUGCCCCCCACCUGGGGGGGCCCAGGGGGCUUCCCCCACUUGCUUGCCCCCCACGAGCUGCACUGGGGCAGGGCCCCCCACGUGCCAAACCCUGCCCGGGGGUGGGUCGCUGCCCUUGGACCCCUCCCCAAGUGCCAGCGGGGGGUCGGGGCGAGGGGGGGGUCCCCAGGUUUGGGAAUAAAAAGAAAAGCUUCUGUAGA